AUGGAAGCAGUUAAGGACAUCACGGAGACGGCGGCCGUGGACCUGGGGGACCUACUGGACGCCGGGGACGGCGCCGUGGUGACGCUGACGGCAGGUGACACUCGGCUGGUGGCGCACAGGGCCGUCCUGGCGGACAGGAGCCCUGUGUUCGCCGCCAUGUUCGCCCACGACACCCUCGAGGCCAGCAGCGGCGCGGUGAGCAUCCCGGACGUGGGGGGCCCGGUGCUGAGGCAGCUCGUCUCCUACCUGUACACCCUGCGGGCCCCCCAGCUGCCCAGCACGGCCCCCCAGCUGCUGGCUGCAGCGGAUAAAUACGGGGUGUCGCGGCUGAAGGAGGAGUGCGAGCGGCAGGUGGCCGCUCAGCUGACCGUCGAGACCGCGGCGGCCGCGGCCGUCCUCGCAGUCCGCCACUCCUGCAGUGACCUCAGGCGAGCCGCCAUCGAAUUUAUUAAGAAUCGUACCCAUGAGGUGAUGGCCACUCAGGGGUGGACAGAUGCGAUGCUUCAUCAACCAAAAGACUUGGUCAAAGUGAGCCGGUUGCUGUACGAUCCACCACCACAAAGCAGGAGCCUCUCUGCAGAGGAGAGGGCCAGGAGGCUGGUCCAGGCGGCUGUAGGGGGGGCAGUGGGGGAGCUGAGGGCACUGAUCGCCGCAGGGGCCGACGUGGGGGCGAGGGGCGACUGGAGGGAUUUCACCGCUCUGCACUGGGCAGCGUACAGGGGAGACGUCGAGGUGGUGAGGCUGCUGCUGGAGGCGGGGGCGGCGGUGGACGCCAGGGAUGGCGGUGGGUCUAGGCCGCUGCACUGGGCGGCACUCAAUGGCCGCGCAGAAGUAGCGGCUGCGCUGCUCGUCGCGGGGGCCGACAGGGGGGCCACAACUCGUGGUGGGCGGACAGCGCUGGACAUCGCCAGGCAGAACAACCAGAGGCGGCUGGUGGAGAUGCUGUCAUGA